AUGGAUAUUGAUGUUAACAAUGAGGUUGGCGUUGACAUUCACAUUGACAUUGACGUUGAUGUUGACAUUCGCGAAAAAGUGGAUUAUUACGUUCAUGCUGAUGUGGAUACUAACGUUACCAUUGACAUUGACGUUGAAGUUGACGUUUAUAUUUACGUUGACGUUUGCAUUUAUAUAUUUACAUUGACAUCUACUUAUGUUGCUGUUGACAUUGACAUUGACGUUGUCGUUAACAUUGAUGAUUACGUAGUCAUUGACGUUUAUGUUGACAAUAAAAAAAUAUCGCUCGUUGACGUUUACAAUGACACUAUAGUUGAUCUUGACGUUCACAUUAACAUUGAAAAUGACAUUUAUGUUUACAUUAAUAUUGAUGAUGAAGUUUACGUUAACGUUCAUAUUGACGUUGACAUUUGCAUUGUACAUCAAGUGGACGUUCAUGUUAACAUUUAUGUUAAGGUUGACAUUGAUAUUUACGUUUUCGUUCACAUUUACUUUCACAUAAGUAUUGACAUUGACGUUGAUGUUGACAUUCUCGCUGACUCUUACAUUAACGUAGAUGUUAAUGUUUACAGUCACGCUGUCACUUAUGUUUACGUUGAUUAUGAUGCUGACGUUGACAUUAAUAUUCACGUUGACAUUUACAUUGAUGCUGACAUUGACGUGAAAGUUAUAUUGACACUGACAUUGACAUUGAUGUUGACGUUUACAUUGAUUUUCACAUAG